GUAAACCACACCCACAGGCUCAUUUCUCAGGACUGCGCUCCUUUACCUGUCGAGCGCGACCGAAUCUGUGCGUUUAAGGACUAAAACGAAAACAAGGCAGCGACAAAUCCACCGGCGACGUCUAUUCACAUGUCUUCGAUGUAGGAAUGGAGUGAUCUGCUUCUUGUGGUAAACUACAGCUAGAAGAGAAAGAGGAAAUUCAGAGAGGAGACGUUGACACCCAGCCCAAGACAUGGACUGGAAGACGUUCCAAGCCCUCCUCAGUGGGGUUAACAAGUACUCCACAGCCUUUGGUCGGAUAUGGCUGUCGGUGGUGUUUGUGUUCAGGGUGAUGGUGUAUGUGGUGGCAGCAGAAAGGGUGUGGGGAGAUGAGCAGAAGGACUUUGACUGCAACACCAAGCAGCCUGGCUGUGCCAAUGUCUGCUAUGACCACUUCUUCCCAAUCUCCCACAUUCGCCUGUGGGCCCUGCAGCUCAUCUUCGUCACCUGCCCCUCCUUUAUGGUGGUGAUGCACGUGGCGUACCGUGACGACCGUGAGCGCAAGCACCAGGCCAAGUUCGGCGAGGAAGUGAAACUGUACAACAACACGGGCAAGAAGCACGGCGGCCUGUGGUGGACCUACUUGCUCAGCCUCUUUGCCAAGACAGGCAUCGAGGUGGGCUUCCUCUACAUCCUCCACCACAUCUACGACAGCUUCUACCUGCCCCGGCUGGUCAAGUGCGAGGUGUCGCCCUGCCCCAACCAGGUGGACUGCUACAUCGGUCACCCCACCGAGAAGAAGGUCUUCACCUACUUCAUGGUGGGAGCCUCGGCCCUCUGCAUCGUGCUCAACAUCUGCGAGAUCAUUUAUCUGAUCUCCAAGCGCAUCGUUCGCAUCGCAAACAAGAUGAAGAGGCGCAAUCGCAACGUGGCCGUGAAUCACAACGGCUAUGACGAUGACACCAUUAACAACUGCAGCAUACCUAUGACGACGUUGGAGCCGAAGGAAAAGCCUCCAGCCACGAAGCCCUCAUACAGGUUCUCAUCGACGCUCAAACUCUCAGACAAGAUGCGGGCCUCUGCACCGAACCUGUCCUCUGCCUCAUGAUCAAGAACUGUGCCAAAGUCAGGCCAAAGACUCAUAGAUCACCCGUGCUUGGGCUCCACCUCCAUUAAAGACCUCAGACACCACACUCGAAUCUUGGAAGCUGGGCUGUAGCUCAGCUCUGGAUUCAUCCUGUGGAUCCAUGUGUCCACACCGUAUCCUAAGACUCUGUUUGAAGAGACUACCCCUGUGAUCAAGUCACUACCUACAAUAUGUACAGGUCAAAUUAGGAUAAAGUUGAUUUGUUAAUGUUACAAGUUACUUUUUGAAAACAAGAAAUGUCUCAGGGCUGUUUUUUCUUACAUCCCACCCUUUAUUUGAACAUUCCAGUAUGGUUUCCGGCCAGGUCUUGGAGGUGUAACAUGGGAGGGGUAGGCAAUGAAACGCUCAUGUUGAACUGUUCAGCCACAAACAAGGAGGCAGGUACUCAGGACACACCUGUCAGAGGUAUUCUCGCCCACACUGCCAAUCUUUGCUGUGGUGCGUAAGGGCACUCCAUUUUCCCCGAGUGUUAAAUCAAGCGCACACAUUUCAGUGAUGUAUUUAUAGCCAUGACUUUACUUUCACAAUUUGAUGCCUUGAUGACAUGUUUCAGUUUAUCAGCAAGGUAGAGCCACUAAAGAGUAGCAAAUCUUUUUGUAUUGGAAAGCGUUUGCAACUGUUAUGUAAUCAUUGUUAAUAGAGGCUUUUGGCUAAUACUUGAUACUUAGGUUUUCACUACAUGUUUUGUAUUUGGAUUGGAUUUAUUAGUGAAAAACACACAGCUAUCAAACAUACUGUAUAUCUUUUUAUCUAAAGCCUCCGCAGAUGUGCUUGGUGUCAGGUUUAUGCUGCACAGACACACACUCUACAUAGACUGCCUGUGUUUUGACAUGCUUGUACACAACCUCUCCUCAUCCAAGUCCACUGUUGAUUCAAAUAAGGCUAAAGGAAUGCCGCUGUUUAAGUCUGUGUUGGUGGAGCCGGGAAACACAAGUGGAGGAGAUGGGAGGAGGCGUGGACAGAUGGUUCACUGGACUAUAAUGUGAGCAUCUGGAAGUGACACAUCCUCCACAGUGGAAACAUCAGCUGUAAAAUUGUUUUGUACACAUUGUUUAUAAUAUCAUUUUUUAUAAAUAAAGUACUGAAGGUGUGUGCAGAUAUUUGCUGUUAUGCCUGUUUUUAAAUAACAGUAAAAGGUGACUCAAAUAAAGGUAUUUUUAGAUCUGCAGUACAGCUCAAUGGGAAAUACGGCCUCAGAUGGUCUAAAAAACAUGACUGGAAGGAAGUAACGAUUUUUCUCCAGUGAAGAUGUGUGAUUGUCCGCACGUCCUUGUCAUUGCAGAACUGGAUUUUCACUUCCUGUUGAUGGGCAACAGAUGCGUCUUUGAGUAUUUGCCCACACUGUAGUGCCAAACUGAUCUCACGUCUUCUCAUGUUCUGUAAACAUUUACUUAACUAUGUCAGUUUCCACUGGUUCAUGACUAGGUGAAUUUUCUCAGGUAUCUGAUUGCGGCCUUGUUUCCUCAUCUCUUGGUGAUGUGAGGUUUUGUGGAAUGGUAACGUGCUGUAAGAAUCUCAGUGCACCAGUCAGGCUCGUCUGUCAGGUUUGUCCAAGGUGCGGCAAAGAACAUAGCUUUUGUUUAUCCUGAAUCAGCCAAAGUUCAAAAUCAUAAUAUAGAUUUGAAACAGUUAGAUCUCACUGGGGUUUCUUAUGGUCAUGUGGUGAAUGGUUAUUGUAAGAAAAAAUCUGUACAACUGAAUCUUCACUGAAAUAAUGUUGGAUAUUACAUAUCCAUGGCAGAUUAUUCCUCAGUUUCGUUACAAACAACAGGUAUUUCUCUAUCCUCAUACUUACUAUAGGACAGCCACUCCCAGAGCCUCUUGCUCUGUUGCAAUACUGAAAAGCCUCAAUAAAUUCUGAAA